CCCAGACUGAAGCGGCCCAGCUGCUUGAGGCUCCAGGCCUGCCCUCCCCUCCUGGUGACAUACGCGGAGCGGGUACACAGGUUGCUUUGACGCUGCAGCCAGCGAGCAAGAGCAGGAAACUUUCGAUUUUUUUUCCGAGCGGUCUUUGCGCCGUGUGCAUGUACGCGCACACACGCGGGCGCACACAGCUUAAAAACUUCCUACUUGGAGGCGGUCUUACUCUUCGCCGACGAGAGCUCGUCACACAUGAUAUCAGACACUGACCCUCUCCCCCCUCCACCUUCCUCUAUCCGCGUCCCGAUUCGCUCCGCAUAUCGCGACAACAAACAGCGUGACAAUCUUAGCGCGACAAACAUUAAGGAAACGCGCCUGACCCACUCCCGAAAGUGAUUAGGAGAAAUUUCGGUGGCGUAAGAACAGUCCUUCUGUAUGUGUUCAGUUUCGAGCGAGAGACUCCCGACUCGUUGAGCACACAAGUUUCCCUUUGCUGCACACAGAGGCUCCGCCGGUCAGACCAACAGGGUCAGUAUCCUGAGGGGCAGGGUCCUGCCGCAGGGAGGGAAGAAAGGGCGAGCGAACGCGAAACGAAACGAGAUCCGCGAGGUGUGGGCUGCAGGGCUUGGCUUGACUGGAGGACCAAAAAUCGAAAACAAAAACCGCCGCGCAGCGCCGCAAUUCCAAACCCACUUUCCCCUCGGGUUCGUCGGGUCUCUGCACGGAGACUUCGGGUGUCCUCUGGGAACUCUUUGGAACUCCUGGGGACUUCUCGGCACUCCUCGGGGCUCUUCUAAACUCCUGGGAACUCGGCGGCGCGCCGCGGCGGGUCAGCCGCCUGCGAGCCAUGGCGCUGGUCGAGGUGCUCCUGGGCGUGGCCGUGCUGGCCUGCCUGCUGUACUACUACGCCACGAGCACGUUCUCGCACUGGGCGCAGCGCGGCGUGCCUCACCUGCCGCCAAAGAUCCUCUUCGGCAACAUCAAGGACAUCGUCACCUUCCGCACGCUGCACGUGUACGGCUACCAGAAGCUGUACCACCACUUCGACGGGCUGCCCUACGCCGGCAUCUACCAGAUGCGCACACCAUCCCUCAUGCUGCGCGACCCGGAGGUCAUCAAGCAGUUCCUCGUCAAGGACUUCGCGCACUUCCACGACCGCGGCAUCUUCUGCGACGUUGAGCGCGACCCCAUGAGCGCCACGCUGGUCAACCUGUCGGGUCGCAAGUGGCGCAACCUGCGCACCAAGCUGACGCCCAGCUUCAGCGCCGUCAAGCUCAAGGGCAUGGUGCCGCUGCUCAACGAGUGCGCCGACUCGCUGGUGGCACUGGUGGGCGCGUCGGCGCAGGACGGCGAGGUGGAGAUGCGCGAGGUGAUGGCCAAGUUCACGACGGACGUCAUCGGCUCGUGCGCCUUCGGGCUGCACUUCAACACGCUCAAGGACCCCGACUCGCAGUUCCGCGAGAUGGGGCGCCGCGUCUUCCUGCCCACCUACGCGCGCACCGCCACCCACCUCACCAGGGUCUUCUUCCCCGCGCUGCUCAGCGUGCUGCACCUGCGCACCGUCAGCAAGGAGAUCACCGACUUCUUCAUCUCGCUCGUGCGUGACGUCAUCCAGUUCCGGGAGAAGAGCGGCGAGACGCGCAACGACUUCAUGCAGCUGCUCAUGCAGCUGCGGCAGCAGGAGAAGGCCGACCGGGACGUCAACGACAACGUCGCCAAGGAGGAGGCUGUCGUGCUGGACGACCGACUCCUCACGGCGCAGGUGUUCAUCUUCUUCGUGGCGGGCUUCGAGACGUCCUCGUCCACCAUGUCCUUCUGCGUGUACGAGCUGGCCGUCAACGAGCACGUGCAGGAGGCGGCGCGCGCCGAGGUGGACGCCAUCCUGGCCGAGCUGGACGGCCAGCCCAUCACCUACGAGCACGUCGCCAAGAUGACCUACAUCGAGAAGGUCCUACUGGAGACGAUGCGCAAGUACCCGCCCGUGCCCGGCCUGGUGCGCGUGUGCACCAAGCCCUACACCGUGCCCGGCACCAAGGUGCACAUGGACGUGGGCUCCCAGGUCUUCAUCCCGACCUUCGCCAUCCAGCGAGACCCAGACAUCUUCCCGGACCCGGACCGCUUCGACCCGGAGCGCUUCAGCGAGGAAGGUCGCAAGACGUGGCACCCGUUCGCGUACCUGCCCUUCGGCGAGGGCCCCCGGAUCUGCAUCGGGCUGCGCUUCGCCAUGGUGGAGAUGAAGCUGGGCCUGGCGCGCCUGCUGCAGCACUACAAACUCCUGCCGUCGCCCAGCCUGCCCGUGCCCAUGCGCUUCGACCCCAAGGGCUUCGUGCUCACGGCCGAGGGCGGCAUCAACCUGCGCAUCCAACCGCGGCACUCAAGCACGGCGUGAAGCGGGACAAAAAAAGAAGAGAAAAGACUUUAAGAGAAGGAGGGAAUGUUGGGUGUUAUCAUUGUUGUAGAUUUAAAGGUUUUAAAUUAAAUAAGAUAUUUUUAUUAGACUGCA